CUGCCUGAAGGCCCGGAUAUUUUAUCACACUCAGCGACUAAUUCCUUUUAAAAGUAGGUGCUGAGGACUCGAGGGGCAUGAGGGCGAAAAGGGAUGAUCCAGGAGAGGAUUUCUUCUGGAAAACAGAGACAGUGACUGCCAAAUGAGCAUCACUGUUGAUCAGGACACGGACUAUGCUGAACUGGUUCUGUAUGUAGGAGACAUCACACUUGGAGAGAAGAAUAGGAAUUCCAUGAAAGAUAGUCAACUGAGAAGAAAAGAGGCCAAAACUAUCUUACAGGCUAUGUGUACCCUACUGAAUUCUGGAGGGGGCGUGGUCAAGGCUCACAUUAAAAACCAAAACUACAGCUUCACCAGAGAUGGACUAGGAAAGGAUUUAGAUGAUUCCUUGCUCAAUAUCCUGCCAUUUCCUGAUGAAUACCGAGACUUCAUGCAGCACGAAGACAACUUUUUCAUUUUUGUGAAACCAUGGAAACCGAAUCAGAAAGGUCCAGGGAUCACCACCUUGAAAACCAACUUGUACCACAGAAGCAUCUCAUCCACAGAUGAAGUGAAAGCAGCUGCUGCUUGGCAGUUCCUCAAAGCCAGACCAAGUUCACCUGGAAAAACAGUCUGUAAUGAAAUACUAAAUGAAUGUCUUAUCUUAUUUAACAGAUCUUGGCUUGACUAUGAGGAGACAUUCUGUUUCACUAAAUCCAAAUAUGCUGAAGUAAAAUUGACUCCUAAGGAAAAGAUUUUUCCUAAGGAAAAGAUUUUUCCUAAGAAAAAGAUUUUAGAGAUGCUCCCUCAAACUGUUUCUGCAUUUGCAAACACUGACGGGGGAUAUUUGUUCAUUGGUUUGGAUGGCAAAACCCAGCAAAUUAUUGGUUUUGAAGCAGAGAAGAGCGACCUUGAGGAUCUAAAGAGUGAAAUAGAGAAGUGCACCCGACAGCUGCCUGUCACUCACUUCUGUGAGAAGAAGGAAAAGAUCAAGUACAUAUGCAAAUUCAUCGAAGUACACAAAUCCGGAGCCGAGUGUGCAUAUGUGUGUGCGCUCAGAGUGGAGAGAUUCUGCUGUGCAGUGUUCGCUGCAGAGCCCGAAUCCUGGCACGUGGAAGACAGCUGUGUGAAGAGGUUUACCGCAGAGGAGUGGGUGAAGCGCCAGAUGGAUGCCCGAGCAGGUUUUUCCAAUCAAGAUAAACGCACUCUUCAAUCAAGCAGACUGCCACUCAGUCCCGGUACCUGCUGUCCUUAUGACAAUCCUGAUGCUCCUCAACAGACUGCUCACCUUCCAGUGACAUCUGGAACGGUGAUAUGCUCUCCUGAAGCCCUCUGCAAGAUACUGUUCUCACUACAUGAAGGCUAUGAGCAGUUACUCCGAGCAGAGUUGGGCUCACUUCUCAAAGGAACACUGGUCAUAUCUAAGAGCUGGGCUUUGGAUCUGGGCUUGCAAGAGAAGCAGGAAGUCAUCUUGGAUGCACUUCAUAUUUCCCAGGACAGCCUCCUGACCCUGCACGGCUUUGUCCGGGGAGAUGAGGACCUGGAAGAAAACAGCACUCUUUUGAGGGAACUAGGUGCUGAGUUAAAGGGCUAUUAUAAACAAACUGCCCUAACACUAAAGCAGAAGUUGGUAAACCAUUGUGGAUACACUGGGAAAAUGGGUAUUGUGAUAAAGAUAACAUACUUGGGGCAUAAGGCAGUGUGUCUUUAUGACUCAAGCUCGAAAAUAUAUUAUCCACAAAAAUAUUAUCUGAAUACCAAGACAGUAAGGUAUUUUAAAAAAGGUCUUGCUGAAAUCUUAAGAAGUCGUGAGUCUUCUACAGUUUACCCAGGAAAAACUGUGAUCAUUGUGUUUUUAAAAGUAUGCAAUUAUAUAGUUUACUUUUCAAGAAAAAUCUUAACUCAUGUUCGAGCCUGGUUUGAUAUAAAAAAAAGGCAUAUGACACAAUGAUAUUUCACAAUAUGUAGAUGAUAAUGUUCUCUCAUUCUAUAAACAUACGGAAAAUAUGACUUUGAGCUUCAGAGAAAUAGAAACCAAAUUCUGGAAAAGGGAUUGGCUAUUGGAGAUGUCAAUGACAAACCAUAGCAUUAAUAAUGUGUCCCUGAGCCAUGCAUGUGGCCCAUGCCUUUGAUUCCAGCACCUGGAGGGAGGCAGGUCAGUCUGCUCUAUGUAAAGAGUUCCAGGACAGCCUGAGUUGUGCAGUGAGAGCCUCUCUCAAAAUGUAUUAAUUAAUUAGCUAGCUAAUUAAUUAAUACAUGUCUCUCCUUAUGUGCAUAGCCACUCCUUCUUGAUGAUGAAAUGCAUGAUGACUUUGAAGUAUGGGAGACAUUCAUCCUAGAGAAGUCAGUAAAGAAAAUGUUGAAAUAGGGGUAUGAUAUGGAGAUAUUUUGUCAUGGGGUUGCUAUCCAGCCUUGUGUGUUAUUGCUCUUAAAUACUUGAUUUGUAAAUGACAACCUGAGGAAAGACUUCCUACAUGUCCUAAAUCAUAGGAGCAAAUGUCAGAGUAUGUGGAGAUUAAAUAGCAACUGCCCACAACAUCAUAUGUUAUAAACAGGAGAUUUCUAGAGACGUCAAAGAGACAGGGAAACUGAAUACAAUUAUUUUCUGUGAGGAGAGAAAGGAAAACAUUGUAUCUCAUGGAUGUAAGACAGUCCGCAGGUCUUAGGCCAUGCUAGCAGUCUCUAUGGGGGUAUGGUUUUUCUUUUUUCUUUCUUUUUUUUUUUUUACUGUUAUAAUAAUUUUAAUUUAUCUUGCAUUUUACAGAAGUCUAUGAAUGAUUUUAAAAAGGACCACCUUACCCCAUCACGUUUCUCUGACAGUUGUUAAAGUAGGCAACGAGUAUGUCAACAGCUUGAAUAUCUUGCAAGGAUUUCAGAACAAUCACUUGCCAAAGAACUUGGCAGUUUUUCUAUCUUGUUUUUAACUCAAUAGUACAUCCACUCUGAUGGUAACCUGUCCAGCCAAAUCGCCAACACAUUUUGGAAAAAUCAAUGGUGAUUAGCAAAUUAGUUAGCUUUGGCAUGGAGCUGUGCUCGCUUGCCUGUGACAGCCUGGAAGCCAGUUUUGAUACUGGCUACAGAGCAUCGAGAAUGACAAGUUUCACACUGUAAGAAGCAGGGUCGGGUGUCCUUCUCUAGAAUUGUGUCUGGUGACCAACACGUAUGACAAGUGACGUAUUCCUUGAUAUAUCUUCUUAAGACAUUUUCUAUCUGUUUCUGUUGGAAUCUUCCUUUGAUUACAAGUUGGUUAUUACCAUCUAUAGAACCACUUGUACCCAAUUCUGCCAA